CAGCCUCGGCGGCCAGUCAGUAACCCUUGUGCAGCCUCCUCCUCCGAUUGUGCCCGAUCUGUUGCUUGCAGUGCCCAGGGUUCUUUGCUCUGGCGCCGGUGCUUUCCCCUCCGCCGGGCGCGCGCGGGUGCUCCGGCCGCCGCUCUCUGCUGGCGGAUCCCUCCUGCUGCAUCGGGUCUCGCCCGAUCCUGUCAUUGAAAAGAUGGUGAAUGAAGAAGAGGAGAGUGCUCCCAAGCAGAGUGGCCCUAAACCAGCAGAGCCACACGAGAUGCUGUCUGAGAGCUGCCAGAGCCACAUGUCUCCAGACGUUGAAUCGGAAGGAGGUGAAACCAACGAGACGGAACCGAGAAGCUCGAAGCGUGACCAGGGGAGCAAUUCUCUUGCCGUCAACGGUGACGUUUCUGACGGCGAGAAGGUUUAUCCCUCACAGACACAGUACAUUUGCCCCGUUUGCGGGGAAUGUUUCAGUGGGAGUUCCCGCCUUGUGGAACAUCAGAGGGUUCACAAAGAGGAGAAGUUGCGCCCCUGCCCUGUCUGUGGAAAAGGUUACAACCAGGAAGCUGACUUGGUGGCGCACAUGCAGAGUCACACUGAUGAGAAGCCGUUUUCUUGUCUCGAGUGCGGGAGGAGCUUCCUAUUCAGCUCAGACUUGGUGGCCCAUCAAAAGGUCCAUACUGGAGAGAAACCUUACAUCUGCCUAGAGUGCGGGAAAGGCUUCUCCCAGAGUUCCCAGCUGAUGUCCCAUCGCAGAGUCCAUACCGGGGAGAAGCCUUACGAGUGCAUUAUCUGCGAGAAGAGCUUCCGGUCCAACUAUGACCUGGUCAACCAUCAGAGGAGCCACACUGGAGAGAAACCUUACAUAUGCUCUGACUGCGGGAAGAGCUUCACCCGCAGCUCCCACCUCAUUUCCCAUCAGAGAGUCCACACGGGCGAAAGACCCUACCCUUGUGGGAUCUGCGGGAAGCGUUUCCGGGACUGCUCCCAUCUCAUUCGGCACCAGAGGGUCCACACGGGUGAGAAACCGUACGAGUGCUCCAUUUGUGGGAAGAGCUUCCGGGUGAAUUACGACUUAGUCACCCAUCAGAGGAACCACACUGGCGAAAAACCUUACGAAUGCCCCGAUUGUGGGAAAGGCUUUAAGCGGAGUUCGCACCUCAUCUGCCACCAGAGAGUCCACACUGGAGAAAGGCCGUAUCCCUGUGGCAUCUGCGGGAAAAGCUUCAGCUACAGCUCAGACCUUAUUAAGCACCAGAGAAUCCACACGGGGGAGAAACCUUACGAAUGUCACAUCUGCGGGAAGAGCUUUCGGAUCAAUGCUGACCUGGUCACUCACCAGAGGAUUCACACCGGAGAGAAACCUUACACCUGCUCUGAUUGUGGGAAAUGUUUUGCCCGGAGCUCACGUCUUGUGUCCCAUCAGAGAGUCCACGUGAAGGACGGGACCUUGGGAACGUCUCUUUCUGAAACUGAGUCAUCCCAGCCAGGAGCAGCUACUGUGUCCCCAGCUCCUGAGCACCCUUGGGCCAAGGAGGAGAAGCUGGCCCCAAGUGAGCCUCUGGCUCUGACCAGCCUGGGAACUUCUACUCAAUUCGUCCUUGGUGAUGCACCUCAGGCUGGCCACAUGAGUGAAAUAAAGAUGGAGUGCAGGAGCUGAGACGCAAGAAAACUAGAAGGGAAACACUUACUUUCCAGUAACAAAGUAGUGUAUAGAAUCUGGAAUCCCUUGCUCAUUUUAAUUAGCUUUCAUGGAAAGUUUGCUUGAUCAAACAAGAUAUUAUCCAUGGCUCCCCCCCCCCCCCGGUGUGCAUAUUGAAGGAUAAAUGAGUUGAUCCAAGGAAGAAUGAAGUAUCCUGCGGCCGCAGCAUGGUCUCACAGCCAUAUUUAAAUUAAAAGCCAUUUUGACAUGGGCUGGCUUUGCUUCCCCAAAGAAAUUCUUGGAAAUAUAGUUUGUUGAGAAUUCUUGAUUAAAAAUGUAUAGCUAGAGGUGGGAGGAGAAGUAUACAAAAACGGAUGUAAUGCUGGAACCCCUUCAAAAAUAUAUUUAUUGAUGCGAGCUAAAACAAGCAAAAAUGGCACUGCUGUGUAUGGGUUGCCUUGAAAUGACAAAUGGAGCAAGAAAAAUAUAACCGAAAUUAGUGUUUAUUUUAGGAAAGUGUUUUCUUUUAAAAUAAUGCAAAGUAAUAAUCUCUUAUCCAUCAUGGUUGUUUCUUAAGAAAUCCAUACAACUUAGGGUUUAUUUGCUCUGUUCCUCAGCGGAAAGCCAUGACUUUUUAAGAAUAUGCUGAACACUCACAGUUCUUUUAAAUGCAGUCUUCAGCUUCACAGAAACAUUCUGUUGUUUAUUAUCUUCUAACAGUUUCUCUCCUACGUUUGUGCGUGCGUACUUUUAAUUAAAAACAACAUUGUUGCUAUAAUAAAAAUGCUUUAGUUGGGUAGAAUAAAGCUUUAAGUCAUUAAUAACUUUUAUUUAACUUAAUUUAUAAGCCAUGAUCUUUUUUGUACAGAUCGACCACUCAUACAAAGAGAGGGAAGCAGCCCUUGGGAUAUAAGGACAGUUUUGCUUAUUUCUCCCUCUCUUCUCAUGGAGAAGCUGUGCAGCCCCCACCCCCACGCCCACCCACCCCGCCUUUCAACUAGGCAGGUCCAUGUGUCUGUCCAGGGGAAGAAUUCUGGUGGGUUUUUUGUAGUAGUGCAGUGAAGGCAUCUCUCCUUUGGUUCUUAUCUCAAGGUGCAUUUAAAUAAAGCUGAGGAAUUUCAGUCCAGCUAUCUAAAACAUAAGCCAAGUAUGUAUGACUCCAUGGUUUGUUGUCUGAAAUGUUUAUGCUCUUCCCUUGGAGGUUCACCACUGAUCUCUUCUGGUUUAUUGUAUUCCUUCUAUUAAUCUUUUUGUUUUUUGCCUGAAAUCUCACAGUUUUUCCUGAAGGGAAGACGGGGUGCCGGUAACAGAUUUAGCCAACUUUGGGUGCAGUUAUAUCUGGGCUUGAUUGUGAGUAGAUGUGCUUGGGACUAUACUAUACUUGGGACUAUACUUAUAUUUUGAUAGCAGCUAACAAAUUGAUUGUGAAAACUCUCAGUUGUUUCAGCCAUAGGUCCCACCCCUUAGCCGUAGCCAUGAAGAAAUUGCAUUCCGACCAGCAAGCAAGGCUGAUAAACGGAGUAUUUUAUUAAUGCCUACAAUUUGUUUUUUAAGUCAGAGAAAGAGGCUCUGAUGGUGCCUAGGUUCACCCAUCUCUCUAAACUGCAAUUUUAUUUAAUAAUUUGUUGAUUAAGCCAUAGCACACUAGGUUCACACAUUGUGCAGUCUCAAACUGUGGUUCAGACACCACAAUAAAAUAAUAGACGGUUUCACACAACUUACUAAAACAAUGUCAUUUGCAUUACCGGUUAAGUAAAAGAGUCAGAACUCUUCCGUGUUGCACAAAUUCCCAGUAUCUUAGCUAGUGGUUUUGUGGUCUUGCUUAUAGAGGUAGUCCUCAACAUAUGACCAUCAUGGAGCCUGGAAUUUCUGUUGUAUGUCAUGACAAUUGUAAGUUGAGGCAACCAUGUGACUGACACGAUUUUACAACAUUUUUUACGUCAGUCAUUAAACGAACACCAGUGUUGUUAAGUGUAUCCAUUGUCCACAGUGGACUUUUUUUUUUUUUGCCAAAAAACAAAAGUAAAUGUCAGUUUCCAUAAAAACAAUAAUUGUAAAUUACUAUCUCACAAGCAUGGGAUACUGCAAAUGGGCAUAAAUGCAUGCAUAAAUGCUGAGUGCCAAAAUGUGAUCAUGUGACUGGAGGUCACGUGGCCAUUGGAACUUUGAAUCCUAUCUUAAAUACACUUUGGAAGGUCCAUGGUAACUUCAAAUGGUUGCUAAGCAACUGGUCAUGACGAGGACAACCUUGAACGUAACAAAAACACUAAAGAUCAAGGGCAGAAAUUGGGAUUGGAAGUAGGGAGAGGGAAUGUAUAAGCCUUGGCAAAACCUGAGAAAACUGGAGAUAAAAGAUUGUUCAACGCAUUGUUUAGAUUUGAUGAAUUGCAUCUCCCAGAAUUUAAUAAUAAUAAUAAUAAUAAUGAUAAUAUUUUAAUUUGUAUACUGCCCUUCUCCCGAAAGACUCAGGGCGGUGAACAGCCAAAAUAAAAUACAAAGCAAACAAUACAUACAAUACUAAAAAACAACCCUUAAAAAACUUAUUUAAAUGGCCAAAUUUAAAAUGUAAUAACGCCCUAUAAAAUUGACAGAAAUUUCAAACCCAUAAAAUCAAAUUAAAAAUUUUUUUAAAAAAAAAUCAAGCCAGUCCAGCAAGGCGGAAUAAAUAGGUUUUAAGUUCGCAGCGAAAGGUCCUAAGGUCAGAUAGUUGUCGAAGUCCAGGGGGAAGUUCGUUCCACAGGGUAGGAGCCCCCACAGAGAAGGCCCUCCCCCUGGGGGCCACCAGUCGACAUUGUUUGGCUGACGGCACCCUGAGGAGUCCCUGUCUGUGAGAACGCACCGGUCGUUGGGAGAUAGAGGACGGCAGUAGACGAUCCCGUAAGAAUUUCCUGCCAGUAAAGGUAAUUGUGACUAGAGAAUCUGACAAGCAGUUCAAAGUAUCCAAAGAACACGUUGUUGAAGAAUGCUGCCCCAUUGCUGUUAAAUGGCACCAGCUUAGUCCUAAAGUUUUCAGCUACUACUGUCCGAAGUACCAGACUAUCAAUGAUGCAUUUGCCCAUAUCCGAUUGAAGAAACAACUAAUUUGAAAAUGUGUCUCUUUGAGCUAAUAUAAAAAAGUUGAUUUUUUUACCAGUGUCAUAGAAGAAAUUCUGGAUUAAAGUUUGGCCAUGUUAUAUGUGGAAAAUGUACAGUUGAUAAAAAUAUUUUCCUCUUACUGGAUGACACAUCUUUCACAUAGCUUUAAGGAGCAAUCUUGGAUUUAGAUGACGAUUUAAUUGCAUGUCCUAGGGUUGCUUUUUCCAAAAGGCAGCUGGAUUUUCUUGGUUUUUCCUUGGAGAUGUUUCGCUUCUCAUCAGGAAACUUCUUCAGUUCUAACUGAGCCUUUGGAACGGAAUUCUGUCUUAUUUUCAUAGAGAACAGUUAUAAAAUUAAAAUACAAAUAAUAUAUAUAACAAACAAACAGUAACAUCAGUGCAUACUCCCUUAGUCUAAAUAAAACAUAUAAUCCAUAUAUGAGUCACAAUAAACAGUUCCACAAAUGCUGUUGAGCUCUUUCUUAACAUAAGCUGGCUUGCGUUCCCAUAUUUUUCUUUAAAAAUAAAGAUUAAGUUCAAUUGGCGAAAGCUAAAUGCAAAAGUGCAACAUGAGAACUCUGUGUAGCUUAAAAUAAUGUACAAUCUGUUCAUUUAUUUUAUUUGUAUUGGUUUAUAUUAGUGGUGCAGAAGUGAUUUCUGCUAACAUUACACAGAUACAUUGGGUGGAUUUAUAUAUUAUGUUUACCUAAACAUGGGGAAACUGAAGCCCUCCAGUUAAUGAUGGUUUCCACAGUCAGUCCCAACCAGUAGGACCAGUGGUAGGUAAUGCUGGGAUUAUUCUUCAGCGACAUCUGAAAGUCAACUUUCUUCACUCCUGCAGUGAAUCAUCAUACAGUUUUGCUUGGGCUUUGAAUUAAGUGCAAACUAGGCAGCUAGAGAAUAUUGACAAGAGUUUAGUUAAAACUGGCUUAGCACAAUGUAUGAACCCAACUUUUUCUUUUAUGUUUAAAUCUAAAAAAAUAGGCAUAACAUAACAACAGAGUUGGAAGGGACCUUGGAGGCCUUCUAGUCCAACCCCCUGCCCAGGCAGGAAACCCUACACCAUCUCAGUCAGAUGGUUAUCCAACAUUUUCUUAAAAAACAUGGCUGCUAGCCAGGACAAUUAAAACUUGUCAACUUCACAAAGAAUAAGGGUUUUCCCUGUGAAAAUAUACUAGGUAUAGAAGGAACUGAUGUUAGCUUAAAUCAGAAUUUUCUGUAACUUGGCCAGCUGGACCGAAGGGAAGUACCAUUGGGAGGAUGGAGAAAAUCUUUUAACUUCUGUCUACAUACGUUUUUUUCUUAAACUUCCUUUUUAAUAUGUUUUAUUGAUCAAGUUUGUUUAUAUCAUGUUUACUGUUCUUCUGUCUGUAUUCCUAUAGACUUGGAUUUUUUUUUCCAAUUUAAAUUUACUGUAUUCCAGUUUUUUAUGGUAGCCAAUAAAGUUUGUUUGA